AUGCCUAGCCAAGAAGUCAUGUCCAAUCCAGCGGCGGCGGCUGCUGCUGCCGCCGACAUAACCGUCAUCUCUACUUCAGCCAGUGUGGAACAGAGCAAUUAUGCCGACGGCGCCCACCUACUUUACCAAUUUACCGGCGUCUACACCCGCGCCGAGGUCCGGCGUCAGGGACUUGGCCAGGCCUUGAGUAAAGUCGCGGCCGAAUAUGCGCACACCGACGCCCGACGGCGCGGCGGCCGCUGCCGGCUCGCAUUGGACGUGUACACGACAAAUACGGCUGCUAUUGCCUUUUAUCAAAAAUGCGGAUUCGUGGUGGGCGGGCCCCGGCCCGUCGACGAGGAUACUGACGAUGCUCGCCCUGAAGUGGUCAUGUAUUACCGUGAUACAGCAAGUGGGAUUGAGAAGACUGGUAAUGAUGCUGGAUGA